AUGUUGUUCCUCCUCUGCAUUUAUAUGCUCGUCAAAGCCGCCGUAGAUACUCUCCCUGAAGGCCCUCCUGUGCCAGCGGGCGUGAAGAUCCGCUUUGCCGGAACAGCGGACAUCAGGCAGCUGAGUCGUUCCGAUCGCGGCCACCGCGUGCUCAGCAACGUUGAGCUCCCCUACGUGGUCAUUGUCCGGCUCACAAGUGGGAGAUAUGUUGUUUUCGUCUCGCCGGAUGCGAUCCUUCCCGUUCCACGCAUUAUGGUGCUGUCAGGUAGUACGGUGUACAUCGUCUCAGAGCUUGCGUUAACGGUCCGCUGGGCCCACUCCACUGGCGAUACCUUGAAUUGGUUUGAAGCAAGGAUCCCGGGCCCCUGGAUUGAACCAUUUGAGGAGUUCGCCGGCUGCUUCCUAAUGAACUACGAAUUUGCCCCGCGCGACACUGGCGGCGAUGAUGGAACCGACGCGUAUGAGAUCACGCAGAUCUACAACCGAUUUGAAGAUUGUUCCUACUGGAGGGUCUUCGCUUUCUCCGUAGCCGCACACUAUAUGAUCGCGGUCCUAAGUUUCUCGUAG